AUGGAGAGCAUCGUUCUCAUACACCGUAUAGUCUUGUGUACCAUCGCAGGUACUUUUGGUAUAGUGUCUAAUAUCAUCAACAUCUGCGUCUUUGUCAAGCAAGGUUUAAACUCAUCCAUUAAUAUCAGCUUCUUCGCUAUGGCCAUUACGGACGUUUUCCGAAUCGUGGCGGUGAAUUGGAUGAACUUGUGUUCAUCUCCAGACAUGCAAAAGUUCGAUGUGCCUGUUGUCUUUUCUGAACUAAUGUACUUAACUACUGGUUGGCCCAUAGGGUGCGCCAAUAGGAUCACCAUGUUCAUCACAGCGUUCAUCACCGCUGAAAGAUGCCUCUGCAUUAUAGUCCCUCUCAAAGUCAGAAAAAUCGUUACGCCUCUCAGAAGUGUGGUGAUUUUGACUAUUAUAGUCAUCUUGAAUGGCUUGGGCCUUGUCCCGGAAUACAUGGCAGCCUACCUUGACUGGAAAAUAUAUCCAUCUAUUAACAGGACACGAAUCGGUAUAAAGUUUAGAAGUAACAGCGCUGAGAAUGAAGGAAUCGCUUUCACCCUUCACGCUGUUCUAAUGAGUGCCGCUCUCUUGUGUGUUGUCAUCUUCACUGCUGUACUUGUGGUGAAGCUGAAUCAAAAGACACAAUGGCGGCUGGAAAGCACGAGCGACGACAGGCAGCGCGAGACGUUCAAGACUAAAGAUCGUAAGACUGUCAAAAUGGUGAUCCUUGUGGCUGCCGUCAUGGUCGUUUGUUACACUCCGGCUGUCAUGCUGUCCGUCGUCUCGGCUUCAUGCCCAGAGUUCAACGUUACUGGCCCACUAGCUUCACUGUUUCAUGGCGUCUGGACUGUGGUCUUUGUGCUGGGUACAGUCAACGCCAGCGUCAACAUAUUUAUCUACUACUCCAUGAGCACCAAAUAUAAAGAAGAUUUAAAACAGUUGCUGCAGUGGCGGUAUAAGACAUUAUGA